AGACGCGGAAGUGUGAGACACACUUGCUAACAACAAACAGGGAGCCUGUUCUUCACUGUCACUGAUGUGUUUUUGCCUCCUGGGAGGAUUUUACUGAGACAUGGCUCUACCGCCUCAGCUCAAAGCCAUCCAGCACCACCUGCGGACCGCACAGGAACAUGAGAACCGGGACCCGGUCGUCGCUUACUACUGUCGGCUCUACGCCAUGCAGACCGGCAUGAAGCUGGACAGUAAAACACCAGAGUGCCGAAAGUUCCUCAUCAAACUCAUGGACCAGCUGGAGACGAUGAAGAAGGAGCUGGGUGACAACGACUCCAUCAAUCAGGAGGUGGUGGGGAACGCCCACAUUGAAAACUACGCCUUAAAGAUGUUCCUGUACGCCGACAACGAGGACCGUUCGGGCAGAUUCCACAAGAACAUGAUCAAGUCGUUCUACACAGCCAGUCUGCUGCUGGAUGUCUUGUCUGUGUUCGGAGAGUUGUCAGAUGAGAACAUCCAGCACAGGAAGUAUGCCCGCUGGAAGGCCACCUACAUCCACAACUGUCUGAAGAACGGAGAGAUGCCUCAGGCCGGGCCCAUCGGCAUGGACGAAGACGAGGAAGCAGGUGAAUAUGGAGCUGAAGGUUUCUCAGGUCCAGGUCUCUCCCACGGAGGUUCCUUCAGGGCAGAGCCUUCCUCUGGGUCCCUCGACCAGGACCAGAGUUUGGGUCCGGGUCCCGCCCCAGGGAUCGGCUUCACUCCCGUACCAGGAUCAGGGCCAUCGGGUCCCCCCACCACCAACUACAACAACAUCCACAUCCCACCAGGCGCCCACGCACCGGCCAACACUCCAGCCGAGCUGCCUCCACCUACAGCAGAACCAGUUAAACCAGUGCCUGUUCCCCGAUCAAUGCCCACUGUUGACCCCUCACUGCUCAACGCCCAGCAGCAGGGCGGUGUUCACCUCUCCCCGGAGGACUUCACCAAGGCCCAGAAAUACUGCAAAUACGCCGGCAGCGCCCUGCAGUACGAGGACGUCACCACGGCCAUCCAGAACCUCCAGAAAGCCCUGAAGCUCCUCACCACCGGCAAAGAAUGAAGCCUUUGUCCUCCCAUCUGAUCCCUCCAUCCCUCCUUCCUUCCUUCCAUCCCCCUCUCUUCUCCCCAGCAGCGCCGCCGCUCUAUCUGUCACUGAUCUGUCCCACAGCGAGCGGACGACGCAGGCAUGAACACACACACUCACACUCACACUCACACACACACACUCUGGGGCCGGCCUGUGAACAGAGCUGUUGAGCUCGGCGUCAGAGGACAUGAUGGAAAUCAGUCUGCGACAAUGGCUGCCUGUGUCUCACACUGACGGACUGA